UCUAUUUGACAUGUCAUGAGUAAUGGAUGAUUCGUAAGAUUUGUUUUCAUCACUUCAAUAAAAUAAUAGCUAUAAAGAAGUUAAUAUAAUUGUUAAAUAAUAUGGUUGGCUACAACAUGGAUGGACCAGCGAGGGACCGAGUUAUGCGGUUGAUGGAGGAUAAAGAUCGUAUAGAGCGGGAGAUAGCUGAGUGUAAUGCGGUACUUGAAACCAAUAAUGUUGGGAUGUCCGACCCGCUAGUGGACGCAGAAGGCUUUCCGCGAGGAGAUAUUGACGUCUACAGGGUCAGGCAUGCCCGGCACCGUAUAAUCUGCUUACAAAAUGAUCACAAAGAGAUAAUGAAAAGGAUAGAGAGAGGUCUCGCUGAAGUACAUUCAAAUCUGAUUGGAGCUAAUGGCGAAGGGCCUUCAGUGCCACAGCCUAUGGUCAAUGGGAACGGUCAUGUCACUCACAUACCUGUGAAUAUCAGUCAUUUGAGCAUUGGCCACCAGAAUGGAGACAGUAAUGAUAGGCCAUUUGCAACAGUUGGACCUGUUCAUGAUGGGUCUCCUGCUGAUGUUGCCGGCCUUACAACGGACGAUGAGAUCCUCCAGUUCGGCUCCAUCAACCACACAAACUUCUCAGACAUGACCCAGAUCAACGAUCUGGUGUCCCACUCCGUUGGACAGAGGAUCCAUGUUAAAGUGCGGAGACAGGAGCAUGUGCUCACACUUACAGUGGUCCCGAGGCCGUGGCAACAGCCUGGUUUGCUUGGGUGCCAGAUUCGAAGAAUUAUGUUAUGAAUUUUAGAUGUACAUACCAAUUCGCAAAGUGUGAUUUGGUGAAGCGUUUAUUAUCCGUUCAAUUUAUUGUUUACUAGCUUUUACACGAAGCCUUUGCCUUUGAAUGACCCAGUGCCGUGUCAUUGAUAAUGUCCAUUCCAAAUUCAAUCAAAAAAUCCUUAACAAAUGUCCAUUUCACGCAUUGGUACAUACAUCGUAUUUUAUGUAUUUACUUUGUAAAUUUAGUAUGUUUAUAAUGUAAAUGUAAAUAUUUAUUAUUUCUAUGUAUACUGAUAUAAUAAAGUUUACCACUUGGUACUGGCUCUCAGAGCAUUUCGACCGCUGCGGUCGCGCUGUCAUUACAAUUUUUCAAAUUUUAACAAAGACAAGAAUUAGUUUUACUAUGUGACUUUACAAUAAUUAAUCUGUACUGUAAUUUACAGAUCGUAAUGACAGCGCGGCCGCAGCUGUCGAAACGCUCUGAGUACCACCUAAUAAUUAUAUUUUACACCAAUUGGUAGCUGAAUUUGAAUUAAUCGUCUUCAGAAGUCUUAUCUGUUGAAUGUUCAGGAUAUCCUAAUUCCUAACACUAUAACUUCCUAAACUGGUUUCCUAAGUUUGUUUAUAUACUAGUCGACUAUUGACAAUCGGUGCACAAUUUUUUACGCCGUUAUACUAAAGUAUCUGAGCCGAUGUGUUAUAUUUAGAUCUUCCUAACAUAAACAAUUCAACAAAGUUUUUGAGGAUGUAUGUGUGCAUGUUUGUACACUUUCACGCAAAAUCUACUGGAUGGAUUGUUAUGAAAUUUGGUACACGGGUAGAAUAUAACCUGGAAUAAGACAUAGGGUACACUUUUCAUCCUGAAAUUUCCACGGGAGCGAAGCUCCGGGGAAAGCUAGUUGUAAAUGAAUCAAUAAAAAUUAUUUGAUUGAAAAUCUGUUUACUUAUAAAAAGUUUAUUACAAAAUUGUACUUAAAACCUGCAAUGUUACAAAAUUAGCGAUAAGGUGCAUUUCUUUGUAUUAAAAUCUUAAAAGUUCUUUGAAAGUACAUCGUAUGUUCCAUCCAACGCCGCACCGUCGCCGAGCUCGACACAUGCCGAGCGCAUGUACCGCAAUGAUAAACCAGCAAUGUAUAUAUAGCGAAUCCGCCAAAGUUUGGCAAACUGUACGACGACAGUGUGGAGCCGGUUUUAUACAUUUAUAAAAAUAAGUUAAAAAUAAAUUUUGUGAUUUAUAAUCAUGGC